CUUCCGACUCUGUCAACAGUCCCUUGUCAACAGUAGCAACGUCAGUGUCAGAGGUGGGAGUGAUCUAAGAAAAAGCUAAGCAAAGUGUCGCUAAGCAGACAUAUACAGAUAGUUGUGCAAACGAAAUGGCCGCACGUAAUGCCCGUUUAACGAGAUCCCAAUGGACCAUCACCAAUCAGUUGACUAUGCCGCUAAUAACAGUUGCAGACACCGGGAAAAAAUCAGUUCAUGGGCUCGUGGCGGUGGCGAUUCCUUUAACGAUUUUGCUCGACACUCUCUUCGUUGACAAAGUUGUGACAGAUAACGCAGGAAGGAGCAUGCAACGCGACCAGUAUCAAAUCUUCAAAAGUAUUGAGGAUGCUUUACAAAUAGCGGGGGUGGAUGGAAAAGCCUGUCUCCUCCAUACUAUCUGUGAAAUCCAGCGAAACCAACUAGCAAAAAACACUUUGGCCGGCGAAAUAGUUACUUUGCUACUGACGCCCAAGAGUGGAGAUGAAGGGUUCAUUGGAUUUUUCCAUGAUUAUUUGAUAGCGAAGAAGGUUGGGCGUUCACUCAACCAGUCCUGUGUAGAUUCGUUUCCACGUUGUCCUAUAUCACUCAUCGAUUUUUUCAGUUCGUAUAGUACAAGUGAGGUUGACCAUAUAGCUACCGAAGAUAGUUUCGUCAAUUUGAAGAAUCCACAUCUUGAAAUGUCUAAGAAAAUGGAGCACAGCAGCCAUUCUUCAAUAUAACAAAAAAUCUAACUGAUCAUGAAUUGUUAAUUGAAAAGGACGCAAUGUCUGUCGGAAAAAAGGAUCCAUUUUGGAAUGGAGAAUCGACUUUAAUACAGCAUUUUCUUUUUAAAAAAGACAAUUUUCUAGUACACCACAUUGUCCGUCUUGAAGAAGUAUUUAUCUUUGGAAAGAAGAACAAAAUCAACGGGAAGGCAUAUUUUUAUGUCAGUUUAUUUAUUUAGUAUAUUAUUUUUUUUAUGUCAUCUUGUCUUUGCGGUCUGAUUUGGAAAGAAGAGAAAAAGCUUCUAACUGCAAUGAAAUCGCUACCUUUGAAAAAUUGAAACGAUACUAUAUUCAUUAAUGAAUGUGUAAUAACUGCUGAAUUAAUUUAUUUCAAAAACCCAAACAAAGUUAAUUGUUAAAUACAAAUCUGAAUGGAAUCAA